AUGUCUAUAUGUGGAAGCCUUAAAGGAUCUAUUUGCUGCGCAGGAUCAUUCUGGAAUGAUAACAAAUUGACCUGUGAAAAGUGCCCGAUUGGCUACCGCAGUAUCAACUGUUCCAUAAGUUGCAUAUUUCCAAGUUAUGGCGAAGAUUGUCAAGGUACAUGCGAGUGUAAAGAAAAUUUAUGUGACCAUAGAUUCGGAUGCAACAAACAUCAAGUUGAAAGCACACCGUCGCAUUAUCUAUCGACAAAAAACAUACCAAAAAAAUCAUCAUUUAUCACGGAAGAAGCUCCAAAGGAUGGAACAAUUACCUUUCCAGGCUUAACUAAUUUGGUUUUUUACAUAAUUGUUUCAUUCAUUGGUAUCUUUAUUCUCUUCUUUGCAAUUUUCGUCGGAACAUACUUUUAUAAACAUUGCCUUGGAUCUCAAAAUAUACCAUAUGAAAGGGAACGGAACGUUUGCUCAAAUCAAAUCGUCAGUUACAAAUGUCUCAACCUUAAUACUCCUAGUAAAGAGGUUGAUAUUCCUACUGAUUCCACGUAUAUAGAUCCAAUAUGUCAGCAGCAGGACACUGAAGAAGGGAGGAGCGCCAUAUAUGAGAACAAAUCUGCGAAAGAGCAUUUAGAAAAAGAUGCUGAUAAUGUAAAUCAGAUUCAAGAGGCGUUGAAUGUUUCAAAAUCGGAAUUAAGUGGCCAUGUUUAUGUGGAAAUUAUUGAUUGA